AUGCUUACGAUUAUUAGUUUAAUAUUGAUAUUCUAUAUAUUAUAUCGAAUCUUUUUUUCGCCUGCUAAUAUUCAUACUCAAGGAAAGUAUGUUCUUAUAAGUGGUUGUGAUACUGGAUUUGGUCAUACAUUAGCUAUCAAACUUGAUAAACAAGGUUUUAGUGUUCUUGCUGGUGUCUUCGUUCCUGACAAUGUAAUUUCUCUUAAAGACAAACUUUCAUCAAAAGCUACAGUUUUUCGUCUUGAUAUUACUAAACAAGAAGAUAUUGAUGCUGCAUUUGAAUUAGUCAACGAGAAAACAAAAAUUCUUCAUGCACUUGUGAAUAAUGCUGGUAUUUCAAUUGGUGGAUAUAUUGAUUGGAUUCAAGUAGAUUCAGCACGACAAAUGAUGAAUGUUAACUUUUUUGGACAUGUUGCAAUGACAAAGAAAUUUUUACCUUUACUUAUUGCUAAACAUGAUUCACGUGUAGUAAACAUGAGUUCUAUGUGUGGUUUUAUUAGUCUUCCUGGUUCAGGUGCUUAUAGUGCAUCAAAAUAUGCAUUGGAAUCAUUUUCUGAUUGUCUUCGUCGUGAAAUGGCUCCAUGGAAUUUACGUGUUUCUAUUAUUGAACCAGGUACAAUGCGAACAACAAUGACUGAAGGUUUGGAACAAUCUUUGAAAAAUAUUUGGCUUCAAUUGCCAAUCGAUGUUAAAAAACGAUGGGGUGAACAAUUCUUCGAAUAUUUAUUUAAAUUAGUGAUAAAUAGUCCAUUUAUUAGAUAUUCUGAAAAUCCAGAAAAAGUUAUUCGAGUACUCGAACAUGCUAUUAUAAGUAAUGCUCCUCGAAUUCGAUAUCGACCAGGUUGGCAAUCAAGUCUUUUCUUUUAUCCAUUAUCUAUUCUUCCUACUUGGUUAGUUGAUAAAAUACUUUCUCUUGGAUUUAAUGUUCGUCCUGAUGGAGUCAAACAUCAGUUAUCCAAUCAAGAAUGA